ACCACCAACGACGAUCUUCUUCUCUUCCUUUCAUCCCCAAUACCUUACAGCAUCUCUAAUACGCGCUCUAUGUCAUCAAACAUAUCAACGCUCGGCUGGCCCGAAUCUCUCAAACGUAUUCUUCAGCCUGCUAUCCAGGGACCAACAACUUCGUUCUCAAGCGGCAAUGCAAACUUGCGAUCAUCCAAACAGCCCCUAGGUGUCCUAUGGAAGGCAGCUCUCACCUCCCAUAUUUUUGAAGACCUGUCUUCUGGGUUAAACUAUGGCCGACGUGUUCUUCGUCUCGAUUACUUUGGUCUACAGUCUGUGGUUUUGUUUGAAUAUCCUGGUAUUGCCGAUGGUGACACUGAGGAUGCGGACGACCCGUUGGAUCUGAGUACCGUGUUUGGCGACCUCGAUAGUCCUCAAGACGAGAGCAUAAGCGUCGAUCAGCUCAUUUUUGAUCUAGUUUCAGCCAAACUUGUCUACGUACCGUCAUACGCAUGCACAUCUUUUGUCACAGGUCAAGUCAUCCACGCAUACCUUUUCUCUCCUGAGUCGUAUCCAAGGCCCACAAAGAACGGUUUUGUCGUUCAUCCUGGAUCUAUGCUCAAAACAUCUGUGGACGUCCCUUUCCUAAGAAACACAACACACCUCGUCGAGGAUACCAUGUUUAUAAGACCACUUCCGUGUCUCGAUUCCGAUGAUGACGAUAAUAGGGUGGCCAAUACCUCGAUUUCUACCACCGCCUCGGAUUCUCCUGGACCUUCUACUCCUUUGAAUCUAUCUUUCCGAUCGAGGCCUGUUCUCUUGGACUAUCUCAACAGCGCACACUCGAUACAUGUCAAUCUGUUCAAGUCGCCUCCAUCCAAAGUGUCUCAAUCAACCACCUAUCAAGCCGGUACACUGUUACUUACACAUGAAAACGACGACCAAUUAACUGAAGUAAGGGUAUCUCUUACCGAGCGUGGGUGUGCUCCCACCGGCAAAGAAAACUAAGGCAUAUGGCUGUUGGAUUGCAAUUUUCCUCAUAACGCUGGCAGUUAUCUCACUGUCUUUACUCACUGGCAGCCUUAUGCGGCUACACAUUUAUGUACCUCAGGCUUGC